AUGGCGGAUGCGACGCCGCCAGCCACGAUGCGCCUCUUUGGUGCCAAUGGCUCGCCCUACAGCGUCAAGGUGCGAUCCUAUCUCCGCUACAAGCGGAUCCCGCAUGAGUGGCUCGUGCGGAACUCGGCUGAACGGAUGCAGGAGCACCAGAAAUAUGCCAAGCUGCCGCUGGUUCCCACCUUGGUGACGCCCGAUGGAGAGGGUUUGCAGGACAGCACACCCAUCAUGGAAGAGAUGGAGAAACGCUUCCCUGAGCGAAGUAUCCAUCCUCCAGGGGCAGUGUCGAAAUUUAUCUCAGAGCUGCUGGAAGAGUUUGGAGAUGAAUGGGGUAACAAAUGGAUGAUGCAUCUUCGUUGGUACAGCAGCUCGUCAGCUCUUUCGUCGGAGGUCUUCGCACGGCGCGCUGCGGCGGAGUUUUGUUCAGGUUCCCCUGAUGCAGAUGCCAUGACGGCCGUGGCGAAGAGCUUUAAGGAGCGGAUGCAGCAGCGAAGCUUUACGGUGGGUUCCAACUCGACCACGGCUCCGAUCAUCGAAAAGUCCUACAUGGAGACUCUUCAGCUGCUCGAGAAGCACUUGAGCGACCGGCCCUUCCUCUUCGGACAGUCGCCGGCGCUGGCGGAUUUUGGCCUGUCCGGGCAGCUCCUCCAGUGCUUCGGAGAUGUCUUAGCGGGGGAACUGAUGCGCAUGCACGCACCAAGAGUGGCGCUCUGGUGCGAGGUCAUGGCGAAUCCGCAGCCAGAAGGUGACUUCGAAGAGUGGAAGACCUUGGCACCAACCCUGGAACCGCUCAUCGCAUCGCAAGUGAAGCUGUUCUUGCGAUGGUCAGAUGCCAAUGCGAAGGCACUGCAGUCUGGUCAGAAGGACUUCGUGGUAGAUCUCGGUGGACAGAUGUGGUCUCAGUCGGUAGGAGGGCCCCAGAGAUACCACGCCAAGUCGCUGAAGGAGCUGCGCCGCAAGUUCGCCGCCGUGCCGUCAGGAGCGGAGCGUCAAGAACUUGAGGCGAUCUUGCAGCGCUGCGGCUGCCUAGAACUCUUGACCGCGGAGGCGGAGCCCGCCAAACUCUGA